AUGCCUGAAGCUAUUACUUUUGAAUCAUUCUUAACCAAAGACCCACUUGAUAACUAUGAAGAUCACGAGAAAUACACCAAAGAAUGGUUGCCUAAAAUAGAAAAGUAUAGAUCUGAUUUGGAAAAAGCCACACCUAAGGAACUCACUGUUGAAUUGCCAAAACCAAUUGACGAGUUGAUCGAAGAUCAGUUCAAUGCUGUGGAUUAUCUCUACUCUAAGAAAUUGUUAACUCCUGAGGAGUUUGCAAUUACUGAUUUAACAACAACCGAAUUGGCAAAAAAGAUUGCCCUGGGAGAAUUGUCAUCUGUUGAAGUGCUUAAAGCCUAUGCUCAUAGAGCUAUCUUGGCACAACAAUUUACCAAUUGUGCCAUGCAGAUUUUCAUUGAUGAGGGUUUGAAGCAAGCUGAAGAAAGAGAUAAAUAUUUCAAAGAUACCGGUAAGACUGUUGGUCCAUUACAUGGUAUUCCUAUCUCCCUUAAAGAACAAAUGAAUUAUGCUGGGAAAAUCACUCAUGGGGGAUAUGUUUCUAAAAUUGUUCAUGUUCCUGAAUCUCAUGGUGUAACCACUCUGAUUUUAGAAAAAUUGGGUGCUGUCUUUUAUAUUAGAACUACACAACCACAAACAUUAAUGCACCUUGAUUCUAAUAAUAAUUUCACUGGCUUAACUAAAUGCCCAUUUAACCUUUUACUUAGUUCAGGUGGUUCAUCAUCUGGUGAAGGUGCGAUUGUUGCAUAUGGUGGUUCAUCGAUUGGUGUUGGUAGUGAUAUUGGUGGAUCAAUUAGAGCUCCAGCUGCAUUUUCCGGAUGUCAUGGUUUCCGUCCAUCUACCAGACGUAUUUCUACAAAAGGUGGAAUUAGUGGUGGUGCAGGUCAAGAAUCUGUUCCUGCUGUUGUUGGUCCAUUAGGUAGAAGUAUUGAAGAUUUAGACUUGUGGAUGAAAACUUAUAUAAAUGAUGGGAAACCUUGGGAUUAUGAUAAUUGGAUUAUUCCUUUGCCAUGGCGUGAAGUUAAAACUCCUGCUGUUAAUGAUUUGACCAUUGCAGUCAUUAGAGAUGACGGAUUGGUUAGAGUUUCUCCACCUAUUAGACGUGCAUUAGAUGAAGUUGUCAACAAGUUGAAAGAUGCUGGUGCCAAAAUUAUUGAAUUCACUCCCCCAAAUACCGAAUUGGCCUUUGAAACAGUUAACAAGAUGUAUAAUUGUGAUGGUAAUUUCAAACAACGUGAAUUGUUGUCAACUUCAGGUGAACCAUUAAAAAAAUUGACCAAAUGGAAUUUGAAUUUUGGUGAAGGAUCGAAAGAUAUUGGUGUUGCUGCUAAUAGAGUCUUGAAUAUAAAUAGAGAUUCAUUAAGGGAUGAGUAUAACCAAUUCUUUGUUGAAAAUAAUGUUGAUAUGAUAUUAUCACCAACUUAUAAUAAUGUUGCUCCACAUAGUGAAGGGGUUUUCAACUGGUCAUACACUGCACUUUUCAAUAUUCUUGAUUUACCAACUUUAGCUUUCCAAACUGGUAUUUACCAAGAUCCAAAAGUUGACAAAUGGACUGAAGAAGACUUACAAUACAAGUAUAGAUCACCAUUAGAACAAUUUGAAAAUGAAAACUAUGACCCCGAAAAAUUCAAAGGGGCUCCAGUUGGUUUGCAAUUAUCUGGUAGAAGAUACUUUGAUGAGGAGGUUUUAGCCGCUGGUAAGGCUAUUGUUGACUUGUUGGGUGUUGAUUUAUAUAGUCAUUAG